AUGCCAUAUCUCGAUCAACCGAAGCGACGAAAUCGCAAGUCUGCAGACGCAGAAUUAACCCGCUCCGCAACCUUCACUCGCCUGACUGCAACCGACACAGUUGCCGAAUACCCUCCCAUCAAGCGGACCUUUUCCGAAAAUGUCAUCUCCUUAUCGUCCGAACACAAGCCUGGCAAGCUGAACGAUGAUGGUCACUCCACCAACUUGGAACUGCUUCGUCGCACCUCGCGCAAGAUGAAGCGGAAGAUGUCUAGUGCCGCUAGGUUUUCCUUGUCACCCGAAGAUGAGGACGAAAACAAGGCCGAUUCACAAAAGUCGUCGGAUAAUGGGGACCAAUCCAAAAGCCUAGGGCGCUCUGUUGCUGGCACAUUUCGAUCAAUUGCUCGGAAGUCAUGGGCUGGCACCUCCAGACCCUCCUCACUAUCGCCAACUCGAAAGGAAAAGAAGGAGAGAAGUUGGUCUCCGGAAAAGAAUAACGGCAUCCAUGCUGCAAAUUCCAUCACCAUUCCAAAGCCGGCCGUUGCCAGACAACCUUCAACCGGAGAACCUGACCUUGAAGCCCAGUCACCCGCCUUCCAGAAACCAAUCGACGUUCUCCAGACGAGAAACAAGAGCGAACUGAGCCUCAGACGUCUUUCCAGAAACUCAUCUUCAACAUCCUUGAAAAGCUUUGCAUCCACGGAGCGAUCGCGUUCCAGACUCUCGUUCGGCCGUACACCUCCAUUGCCGCCUUCCUUGUCCUCGGACCGAUUGGCUGCUCUCAACGCAGAGGUUCCCAGAAAGAAAGAUCCGUUGUGGUCUGCCUUCAGAUCAAUAGAAAGUGAAUAUGUUAAUUUCCAAGCCAAAACAAGUCUGCAGCGGGCCAAGGUACUUCGCGGAAGCCUGCUGCCAUUUCUGACAAAAUAUGCCCAUCAUCCCUCCAAUCAGAAUCUAAGGGCGGAGGAUCUUGAUCGUCGCAUAGCGGUGUUGAAUAAAUGGUGGACGGGUCUAUUGGAAAUGCUUCAUGGCAGCAAUCAUCAGCCACUUUCCGGCACCGAUCGACCAGCCUUCCUAGAGGCUGCAGCGGCCAUCAUGAUGCGACCUGAAUGGAGAGCACCAGGUUUCGCCUCAUGCCCAGGCGAUACUCCACCAAGAAGCUCCAUUCCGAAUUCGAAAUCGACCAAUUCGCUGGAAUCUGACGAGGUAGACUUCCUGGUGGACACCGUUUACCAGAACGUUCGCAACACAUUCGUACAAAAUCUCCUUUCUCAGAUGGCUUUUGUGGUCGAUAAACUAUCUAUGCGUAGCACUCCCGCUAGCCUCGUCACCUUUGCCGGCAAAGUUUGCGCAUAUGCUUUUUUCUUCUGCCCUGGUGUUGCAGACAUCCUGACCAGAUUAUGGUGCCUCCCGCCGGGUACGAUGCGCCGUGUGUUCUCUGAAUUUGGAUCUGAACGAGGAGAUAAAUUGGACCUUGCAUCAAAGGCCCUGGCCGCAAAUUUCCCUCCACCUGUCCGGAGCCUUACAGUGUCCUCCCAGGCAGGAUUGUCCCGAUAUCUCCAAAGGCGUACCCAAGUUCCACAGGGAGCAAAGCAUGUUCGUUGGCAUGGCCCGUGGAUUGGCAGAUGGUGUGGACGAGACAGUGAUCUUUUUUUCGUGUUCAUCAAGUAUUAUCAUACUUUGGUCGCUGAUUUUGUCUCCGAUGAUGUGAGCCUCAAAGAUCGAGCUGGCAUUCCAGGUUUAGUCCCAGUUUGUGCUCAGGUAUUGGUUGUCCUCGAGACGACAAUCUACAGGCAAGCUGGACAGACGUCACUCGACAACUACUCUGCUGGCGCUAGCAACUACAUCGACAACCCCGAUGCACUUGCACCGCUUCCCAUGACGAUUGCAAACGCCACUCGAUCCAUCUCGGAGAAUCGUCUGAUCAUGCUUUUGAAGGACAUUUGUAACGACGCGACUCGCGAAAACACAUUCCACCGCAGUCUUUUCAUCGAAUCUUUCGACGCUGUGACCAAGGCCGCCGCUCGAAAAAUUUCAGUGUACAACAACGACGCAUGUUUCGUUAUUUGUGAUUUUAUGGAGGAAGUCCUUCCCGUUAUGUUUCGAUACAACCAAAGUUUUGAAGAUACCCCUAUGACGCUUGACUGGGCCUUUUGGCUACAGGUCUGCCAGCACAUGUUAAAGAGCCAGACCACACUAACGCAGAUCCGCUUGAUCGCCUUUUUGUACAGCACUUGGUCCACGUGGACUCUUAAUGAAGAACGAAAGCGUGAAUUUGUUUUGGAAUGGCUGUUGGAUCCGAGCAUUUUUGAGCCCAUGUUUUGCCAUUGGUCGUCUAUGGUCCGACAUUAUUUUUAUCGUCUGUUGUGUUGGAGAGUGGCGCGGUAUGAUGUGGACCUUUCGCCAUUGGAUGUAGAAAUUCUCCAAACGUUAGCGAUUCGGCUCAACAAGCUCUGGGCUCAUUACCAGUAUCUCAAGGCUGAAUCAGAAAUGCGAGAAACACCACCGCCGUCCUGCACACCGUGUUCACCAGCACCAAAUCGAUACCUUGUUAUCGUACGGACAGAUAGUCAGCCAAUUCUCUCAGCAUCAAUGACGAACUUUGAAAAAUAUCUCCCAUCAUCACUUAUCAACCAAACCUCGCCAUACCAAAACCACUCUUCCGCCCUCAGCUCCAUCCCAGCUGCCGAUAAUCCAAGCCAACCCUCGAAGAAACGAUGGAGUCUGUUCAAAGGUUUCAAUGUAUUCGGGCCCCUACCCGGCAAUCAUCGCCCAGGAGAGGUCACCCCACCAGGAACUCCCGACGAGAAAAGGACCCCAAACUCAUCCACCGAGAACCUCCCCGGACCCAACAGCGCAAUUACUACCACGGGCCAAGCACCCUCUCAACCCGCAACACCUCCUCAUCAAACAUUUUCCUUCAAAUUCUCCCUCGAGUGGAACAACCAACGCUCAGCAGAGCAACGCAACCCGCGCAAACUGACACCACCCACUCUCCCCACCAACGCGCAGAAUAUCCUCCACAAGCUUCAAAACCGCCAGAGCUCAGGCAGUGGCGGCAGCGGCACCGGGACCGGGACGUCCGAGGACGCGAAGAUGCGAACGCGCAACGGCGAGAUCAGGCCUCUGAAGCCUACGGCCCAUGAGAUCCCGAUCGCCCGGUAUAGUGGGCGCGCUCUGGCCGAGUGGGGCCAGGUUCUGGUUGAGUGCGGUCAUUUUUACCACCGCCGACGGCUCGAGGGUGUGCCGCGGGAUAGUUUGAUUGAGACGCCGACGAUGGGGGUGGAGACGUUCCGCUUGGCUGGAUAA